CCCCCCCCCCCCCCCCCCCUUUUCUACCACUCGACUGUUUACUUUUCCAGCACGAUUCAAUACACUACGCUCGUCUUAUUGACUACUUGCCCCUCUCCUCUCCUCCCAUUCAGCUCGCCUGAUUCAACACCUCCCAUUCAGCUCCAUUGCCAUCACUCGCCUCAUUCACACCCGCCUCUUCCCCCCUUUCCUCCUUUCCUCCCCUCCUCUCCUCCUUUUCACACUUAUCCGCCGUCAAUUGCACACCUUCAUCACGUCGUUUUUGUUAAUUCAUUGUACCACCCUCAACAAACAGACGUAAGUCCAUCGUCCUCUCUUACACAUCUCCACAAACAUCUUCACGAGCCGGAUCAAGGAUGACAUAGGUGGGGGAUCUACCAUCGAUAUGGCUGUGCAUGCAGCAUCUCGCUUGAAGCUAGAGAUCCCAUCCGAGAAACCAAAGAUCCUGCUAGGCAUCUUUUAUUUCAUCUCAAUGGUUUCCAGUCCUGCUUGCACGUUUCUCUGUCGCUCGCAUACCAUGGCUUCCUAUACCUGUUUUCAUUCGAUGCAUCCUAUCGUCAUGACGAUAAUUCGAGCGAUGUCCUCAAUGGACGAAAGGGCCCUUCUGGGCCAGAGAACCUUCAUGGUGUCAUCAAUUCUUUUCGUCUAUCUGCUCUCGGGUGUGGGUGCGGACACAUUUUUUUUUUUUUCAUUCUGGUCUAUGUGGUCCAGACUGAUGUGGAUCAGGGUCUUCCCGCAAGCGUUCCAUUCGUCUAAUAUCUUUCCAUAGACUCCUUUUUUCUUUGUAAGGAUAACUAAGCCCACACAGCCCCACUCUUACUCAUCCAUUCCCAUUCCCAUCUUGGCCUUCCCACCCCUUCCUUUUGGCUGCUUCACUUUCCUCCCUUUCGAUACAUUUGGCUCUCAAGCUCUGCAUCCCCUCUC